GAAGACUCUUAUAGCCUGCAGUCAUGACACUAGUCAGUGAUGUUUCACGCCUGAACUCACUGCUGUUAGUUAACAUGACAGUAAUGAGCUCAUCUCAGCGAUGUUUGAGCCGAAGAUCAGUGCUCAGGAAUCAGCCACACAUAUCCACGAUUAGCGACACUGACCCAGAACGACAUAUUAGAGAUAAGAGCUCAUAUUAGAGACAGGACAGGACAGGACAGGUCAGAAGGAUCGGGGGCGGAGUCUCGUCACUGUUUCCCUCAGAUAAAUGACUGCGUUCAUCAUUUAAGAAUCAUCAGAGCAUCCAAAUCAGGACCCAUUCCAAGACACCGACUCAGCUGAGAGGAUUUUAUAUGCUUGAGAUGAAAAUGGGUCCAGAGGAGAGUGCGUGUUUUCAGAGCAGCAUCAGCAGCUCUCGAGCCGUGCCUGCAGGAGCUGUGCUCGGACCAUGUGCUCUGACACACACCUCCCUCUGCGACAGCAUCGCCUUCAUCGCCUGCAAGAGCUCGGACAGACGAGAGACCGCCCGUGUGCUGCAGAUGGACCCAUCAUUGUCAAGCAAAUAUCUGCAGAUGAUUCAGUCAGCCAGAAAUACAGAGGAGCAAAAUCUAGAGGCGUAUAUGAAGAACGGACAUCUGGUUUUCAGAGCCAUAAAUGAUAUUCCUGAAAACACAGAGCUUUUAGUUUGGUAUGGGAGAGAUCUAGCCAAACUGCUUGGCCUCAGCAGAACAGAGCAAAAGAACACAAAAGGUUUAAUUUGCUCUGAAUGCAAACAGAGUUUUCUCUUUGAAUUCCCUCUGUUGGCACACAAGAGGUUUUUUUGCACAAAAAAACCUACAAGCUUCUUGAAGAAAAUUACCAUCCCAGAAAUUCAUAGUCGCAAACCAGCUACAAACUUCCACAAUUUAGCACGAGAGCUGGAGAACUGCAGGAAAAAUCGUCUCACAGAUGCAAAGAGCCCUAAAAGAAGACGUUCUCUUGAAUCAGACACAGACGAGAGUGAUAGUGAAGCGUCAUCUUUGGACACACAUGGAGACGAAAAUGUAUUAGUGAAAAGGUUUUGUGUUAAUGCAGUGAAUAGAUGUUCCUGGUCUUCCUCCAAGUCUUUCAGCAAGGGCCAGAGUUCUCCAUGCAGCCUUCCACAAUGCCAUGACAACUGCAGGACAGACCCAGACAACCAGGAUUUGAAAACCAAGUCUGCGUUCACCACUGGAGUGUCAAACAAUGUUCAAGGUGACAAGAACAAGAAAAGCGCGUUCACGCAACCUCCUCCUCAUAACCCGCUGAUGUCAACCAGUCUUACCAACAACCUCUUCACUAACCGGACAUCUGUCCUCCCUGGCAUUCUCCCACUCAACUUCCACAGCUCUGCUUUACUAAACACGGAUCUUCCAAAACAUUUGGCUCAUCUUUCCAAAGAUGCAAACCUUUGGCCCAAGACCUCCCAUCUACUGCAUCCACACACUAAUCGACUGCAGUCGCUACUGACCCCCUCUCUGUCUUCUCUUGGGCUACCUUUCCAAAAUUGGUGCGCUAAAUGUAACAUUUCUUUCCAUUUGACGUCGGACCUGGUGCAACACAUGAGGUCCCACCACAAGCGGGCGCUGUCAGAUGAGAGAGAGUCGAGGCACAGGGACGAGAGGCUGAAGUGUCCCGUAUGUAACGAAACAUUCAGAGAGCGUCAUCACCUCUCACGUCACAUGACCUCUCAUUCAUAAGCUAGUUUAUAAAAAAGAUAUCGUUUCAUCAAAUAUUUCUCCAACAUUUCCUAGAACUAUCUCAAUAAGCAUUUUAAAAUAAAAUAAAAAA